CCAAAUCCUUUCCUUCCCAUCCCCCUCCCCUCCCUUCGCUCACCUCAAAUGCCGCUUCCUCUCGCAACCCCUCCACCUCCCCGACCGCCAUGGACUUCUCAACCAUCGCCUCCAGGCUCGGCCUCGCUGGCUCCAAGCCCCUCAUCCGCAAGGCCGAGGAGCUCCGCCGCUUCUCCGACGUCCAGUUCAAUUCCUCCAUCAUUGGUGUUGGCGAGAUCGCCAAAGCCAUCAUUUGCCUGGAGCUGGCGGCAUCGAGGUUUGACGUGGUGUUUGAUCGGCAAAGUGCGAUAAAGAUGAGCGGCAUGUCGGAAAAAGCUUACAUGAGGUCACUUAAUGCCAUGAAGAAUGGUAUCGGAGUCAAGCCGAGUCUGGAUGUUCGGCAACUUGGGAUUCAGUUUGGUUGUGUUAGGCUCAUCCCCUUCGUGAAGAAGGGCUUGACUCUAUACAAGGACCGUUUUCUAGCAGCACUUCCACCCUCUCGUCGGACAAGCACAGAUUUCAAUCGGCCAGUAUUUACAGCAGUUGCCUUCUAUUUAUGUGCCAAAAGGCAUAAGCUGAAGGUAGACAAAUUGAGGUUGAUUGAGUUAUGUGGCACAUCUGAAUCUGAGUUUGCUACUGUUUCAACUUCUAUGGGUGACCUCUGCUUUGAUGUUUUUGGGAUUUUCAAAGAAAAGAAAAAUCCAAAGGCUGUCAAAGGUCAUCGAGAGCUUUUAGAUGCCCUUCCCAGUAAAAGGAGACGUGCAGAUGAUGGUGAUGCCUCUGAUGAUUCUUCUGGAGAUGAGCUUUCAAGCUACAAGAGGCACAAAAAGAUGGAAAAACAAGCCUAUGAAAAUUGGAAGAUUUCAGUGAUCUCCUCUAACAAGCAAGAAAAGACAGCACCCCUCAAGGCAAAGAAGCAAGCCACACUCAAUUUCACGAGGAAGUCUCCCAGCUCAAUUGCAUUAGAAGCUUUAUAAUAAGACUGUGAUGAGUUGGAGCCACCAGGAUUAGAGAUGGAACUAAAGAUAUACUGUUGUUUUGAUGAUGACCUAUAGUUGAAUGAGU